CAACCCCCUUCCUUUAUGAACCAAAUUCUCAAGAACGUUGUGACGAAAAAGAGUUAACUAAAACCUUAGAAUCAUCUUCAGUCCUUUUUUCAUCAACCAAAAAGAAAAAGUGUCCAAGCAAAAGCUGAAACAGAAGCAUCAAUGGCGUCCAUAAGCAAAAAAUCUAUCUUCAACCUCUCUAAAGCCUUCCCACAUCGAGCCUCCUCUAUCUUCAUUGGUCGUCAAAUAUGGAAGGGAGCUGCAACAGAGGAGGCGUGGGAACAACAGAGCAGGAAGUUGUACGGGACCGAUAGUGAUGAAACGGGUGGUAAAGUAUCUGAAAUGGCUGCUGAUAAGGCGAAAGAAGUGAAGGAUAAAGCCACUAAAACAACUCAAGAUGCAUGGAAAGCUAUUGAGGAUACUGCUCAAGAGUUGAAAGAAAAAGUGGUGGGAAAUAUAGAUCCAGAGAAAAUUGUUGUGGAAGAUGAGAAAGACCUUAAGAAGAAGUUGGCUAAAGAAGCAGGAGGAAAGCCUGUGGAUGAAGAUAAAGGUUUGAAUGUCAAUUGGAGACCCAUUGUUGAGAAGAAACCACAACCCUCUUGAAAAUCAUUUUCUCUUUGGUUUUUUUUUUUAGUACAAUGGACUAGCUAGCUUGAACUUUGUAAUCUACUUCUACUAGCCUAGAUUGAAUGAAUAAUCAGAGCACUGAUCAUACUUUGCAAAGCUUCCUUCUUUUUU